AUGAGAGAACACGGACGCGCUCACGGGGCACCAGGCCCUUCUCAUGCAGUUCAAGUGGUGUCCAACAGGCAGGGAAGUCCGUCUGCGGAUGCAACAUACCAGCCUUUGUGUAGCCCGCACUCUCCACAUCGACACCAUUUGUUCGUCGUUGGAGCAGAAUGGGAAGUACAGAUGCCCGUAUCCUCGGCUCUCGUGGUGGCUGUAUGCAUCAACGACGGUCAAGUGCACACCAUGGAAAUUGAUUCGAUGCCAGCAGUGACAGUGAUGCAUCAGGAAACCUUUCGGCACAGGUGGCCGCCAGAGUCAGCCGCACUGGACACGCAUGUGGGGUAG